AUGUGGCCACUAAGAAAAGUACACGGAUCGGGUUCCCGAACACCUUUCUUCCUUUUCCUCGAAACAAGGAAUUAUAGUGUCAACAAGUCAUUCCAAGAUAUCCCUGGGCCAAAACCAUUGCCCUUAGUAGGCAAUGCUCUCCUAUUUUCCCCAUUAGGUCCUUACAAUGUUUCAAGAUUGUUAGAUGGGUUUACCGAUUUGCAGAAGCAGUAUGGCGACAUUAUUAAAUUGAAUAUGGGGAAUAAAAUCUCUCUUUUGAUAUUUAACCCAGAUGACAUUCGUUCCAUGUUCCAGCAUGAAGGGAAAUACCCUCAAAGACCAACAUUUGAAGCACUAAAGGAUUACAGAAAAAAGAAGUAUCAAUGUGUUGGUGUUGUCCCAGAUAAUGGCAAAGAAUGGUAUAGACUGCGGCAAAAUGUACAGACUUUACUCAAGCUCAAAACAGUUCACAGCUACUGGAACAGACAACAGACUGUAGCUCAAGAGUUUUCUGCUGGUCUGUUGUCAAAAAUGAAUUCUGAUGGCAUUGUUAAAGAUUUUAUACAGCAUGCUUUUCAAUAUUCUCUUGAAGCAAUUGGUGUAGUCUGUUACGGAAAAAGAUUAAAUUGCUUUUCCAACAAUUCCGAAGACAGUCGAGUUAAUAAGGCUAUUGUGCAAGCAAAUGUACAAUUUUUGAAGGCACUUGGCGAAACCUUCCAUCAACCGCCAUGGUGGAAAUUGUGGAGGACAAAAGCUUACAAAGUUAUUGAAUCGACCCAAGACUUCAUGUUGGCAACUGCCGUUAAAUACUUGGAGGCUGCUCGAAAAAAACUAAGUGAAAACCCGGAUCUUUUCUUAGAAGAGGAUCCUAUUUUAUACCAUCUACUUGAAAACCAAAAUCUUUCUGAAACCGAAAAAAAUCUCCUAGUAACAGAAAUAUUCCAAGGUGGAAUCGACGCCACGGGCACUGUAAUUACCAUGAUGCUGUACGAAUUAGCGAGAAAUUCAUCAAUCCAGACUGCUAUUUACGAAGAUUUAAUGAAGAACAAAAUGAAACCAGGUCAGAUUUCUCCUUUGUUGAGAGCUUGUCUCAAAGAGACGCUUCGAUUACAUCCCACUGCAGGAGGAAGUUCUCGGAUCAUCGAUUCAGACGCUGUGUUAUCUGGCUAUCAUGUUCCUAAAGGAACGCUAGUAGUAGGCGUUAAUCCAGUCAUUAGCAGAAUGGGUUGCCAUUUCUCAAACCCUUUAAAAUUCGAUCCGUGGCGCUGGCUUCAAAAAGCGGAAGUACCUCACCCUUUCAUAUCGUUACCUUUUGGUCACGGAGCACGAAUGUGUCCGGGAAGAAGAUUUGCUGAACAGGAAAUUCUUCUCGGUAUCGCUGAGAUAAUUUUGAAAUACGAAGUUCUCUCAGUGACCCUAAAGGACAUCUUCAUGAUACUCGAAAUGAAUCUCGUCCCAAGCGAACCAAUUGAUUUUAAAUUGAUCGUGAGAUAAAGGAUUUAUCCUUUCUCCACACAUAGUUAUGUCACAGAUUUACACAAAUUAGUUGAACUGCGCUCAUCGUUAUUACCUAAUUUGUCUUAUUUCGGCCAUUAGCGACUUUUUAACCGUCAUAUGCUAUUUUUUUUUUUUUUUUUUGAAAAU